CCGAUGCAGGGCUGCAUUCCAGCGCAGCAGCUGUCGUGUCUGUGUAAUAUCAGAGACGCUGUAAGGAUUUCUUUCUCUCUCUCUUUUUUUUUUUUCAAUGACAUCACAUCCAAGCGCAAGUUUUUUCCAACAUGGCGUCCAGCCGGGUGCUGGAGAGGGAGGUCCAGGAGGAGCCGAGGCGCGCUGCGACCGCAAACCUCGACUUCUGCCUCCACAAAUACUCCCUGCUCAUCAUUAUCGGACGGACGGCUCGCCACAGACAGACGGACCACAUCAGCAGGGACAUUGAACGAGGUGUUCGGUCAUGGGACGUGGACUUAAAAUCCUGUAACCUGAACCUCUAUCUCCAAGAGUUUCUCUCUCAUCACACAGCAUCUUUCAAAGGUGCGGGCCAAAAGUGUCUCCGCCACUCUACCAGAGUGUUGGACACUCAGGUGCUGAUCAGCCCGUCUCUGGAACAGGUUCAUUCAGAGGUGUUCGCUCUGCUAUCCAGGGAAUCGGCUCACAAGCUGAUGAUCUUGGCUGGCCUGAGUGAAGAAGAAAGUGGAGAUUUGCUUUUCCACAAAGGACUGUUUUCACCACACCAGCUUAAGCAAAUAAUAACAGAGCAGUUCCUGGAUCAAGAAAGCUCUGCCUCCUCCAAGAUCAACCUGACCCUCAGUUGCCCAAACAUUGGCCAGUGGAGGAAGACUCUCUUGGGGAACCAGCCCCUGCAGGGUCCCUUUACUCUCCACAUCAAUCCCCCAGAGGUGCUGCCUGCCAUGGAGGCUCUGGGGGAAUUCACAUCCCUCAUCUCCGGCACCGUUUGCCCUCCUUCCCCCUUUGACCUCUUGCCACCUCCGACCACUGUGGGUUUCCUGAAGCUGUCCCGUCCCUGCUGUUAUGUGUUUCCUGCCGGCCGUGGUGACUGUGCCUUCUUUGCCGUCAACGGGUUCACGGUGCUGGUGGACGGAGGCUCGGACUCUCAGGCCUGCUUCUGGAAGCUGGUCCGCCACCUCGACCGAGUUGAUGCGGUUUUACUGACGCAUAUCGGGACGGAGAACCUCCCUGGUGUCGUCUCUUUCCUGGAGAGGAAGGUGGCCGAGGUGGAGCUGAGCACUGAUGUCAAAGAUGAUUUGUCCAAGAGGCUCAUAUCUCCAGAGCUUGGAGUUGUGUUCUUCAAUGCCCCUAGCAGGUUGCAGAUGGAACAACAACUUUGUGUGGAUAAUGUACUGAAGAGCACCCAACAGGCGGCUGUAACUCUACAGUUGCUAAAGAAGUUGGAUAUCAGGCCACAGCCAAUGUUUCGACCGCAAGGAGUGCCCAUCGAGUCAAUUACCCUGUUCCAAAAGAUGGGAGUGGGACAGUUGGAUUUAUACAUCCUCACCCCUGGCAAAAACAGCCAAGAGUACCAGACAUUCAUGCAAAACUGGCCUGAUGGAGUGUCAUCAGCAUCAAAAUCCCAAACUCUCCCUCUCACCGCCUUGGCCUCAGUGUCUGCACUGCUUGUGUGGCAUCCAGCAUGUCCUCAAGAGAAGGUGGUCAGGGUGCUGUUCCCUGGUAUCACCCCACAGGCAAAGCUGCUGCAGGGGCUGGAGAAGCUGAAGGGACUGGCCUUCCUCCAGAAACCCACAGUGACCACUGGGGACUUAGAGAGGCUGGGGGAGGACAGGAAGACCAAGAGGACGGAGAGCCAGGACAGCGUCAAAUCAAAGGAGGGGACACCCAAGCAUGGGAAAGGAGGAGUUAAGGAGGAGGGUAAAGAUGCAUCAUUGAAGGAAAAAGGAAAAUCCUUAAAUGGAGUUGCAACACGAGAUGCUGACAAAACCAAAAUCAAAGAGGCAGGCAUGAAGCACAAAGCAGCAUUAUCAGAGAAGAAUACUUCAAAAAGAGCAGGAGGGAAGGAUGGGAAAAAGAGAAGCCGGGGAACAAGGAGGAGAACGGUGUUGCAAAGAAUGAUCAGGCAAAGAAGAACGGUGCCCCAUCCAAACCAAAGAAUGAAAACAAAGCAAAGCUCAAGAAGGAAGCAAAAAAUGACUCGAAAACAGGAGAGAAGAAAACACGAAAGCCAUCAGGAAAGGAUACCAAUGAUGGCAAGGGUAAAUGUAAAUACUGAACUGCCAAAUAACUCCUCAACAAAACCUGAUGCUGGGUCAAAUAUCCCAGAGCAGGAAGGAAUUUUUACAGAGCAGGAGAAUCAAACAACUGAGAGAGAGCCCGAGGAGAACCCCCAUGAAUCCAAAAUUUCUACCCCCGAGGACAUGACUGCUGAUUUUCUCCGGCUCCGGGAGGAAACCGAAGUAGAGGAGGCACAGGUGGAAACAGCAGAUAAAGAAGAGCAGAAAAGCAGUGAGUCAGGAAAUGAAAAGAGCCUUGGAGACCAGAGCCAGGAGACGUGUAAUGAUACUGCUACAGGAUCAGUGGAAAAAGAAGCAGGUGGCUCUGGGAAAAUGGGAGUAGAGAGUGGUGAUAAUGGACAUAUGUCUGGGAGUGGUGAGAAAGCUAAUGUGGAGCUGCAGACAGGGCUUGUAGAUCAGCCGGGAAAUGCUAGUAAACCCGUAAGGGUGGUAGGAUUUCCAUCACCCUUGAACAAGGCGCCAAAGGACGAGCCGUUGGACUUAACGCCGACUGAGUACACUCUCCUGGACGGGGCUCUGAGAAACAGCCCUCCUUCACAGUCCUCCCCAGAGAACCAGGCUCCGAACAGUCCCGAUGAUGAGACCGUGGAACAGGCCUCCCCCGAUUCACGACCCAACAGCGCUGGCCACACUCCUUACUGUCUGUCCCCAGAUGAUGUGUGGUGCAACAGGGCCACUCUGAGCCGGCUACAGGCUCAAAUGAGUGAGUCCGAUUCAGCUGAUGUCAACCAAUCGAAUGGAUCCUCGAGGCAAAAGGAAGGGCAGCCCAAAAGUACCCCAGAGAGCCACACAAACCCCAGAGAGAAGCAUAUAAGCUUCCUGUCUUUGGGUUCAUUUAAAGACGGAUCUUCAGACCACUCUCCGUCCGUGGCCACCACCACCACCACGACACACUCGAUGCCAGCAGAGGUGAGCUCGCCUCAGUCCACGGAAGUUGACGAAUCGCUGUCCAUGUCCUUCGAGCAGGGACCAACCACCAUGAGCCAGCGAGAGGGAGACGACAGCGUUUACCACUCCCACUCCAAUGGAGGUAAUUUUGUAGGAUUGUCUUUACCGAUGAAGAAGCCUCCCAGAUCUUUAGGUUCGGAGAUGGGCCGACCUCCGGCUCCGAACACACUUCACUUUGAGGCGUCGGCUCACGACGUGGACCUCUGUCUGGUUUCUCCUUGUGAGUUCAAGCAUUUCAAAGCACCCGACUCCAGCUCGGGCACCAGUGAGGCCUCCAGAGGAGCUCCUCAUCAGCACGGCAACAACAACAACAACCCCAAGGACAUGUCGCCCAGUGAAUCCAAUGCACCCGUCUGCACAGAGGACUGUCCUUCCACCACAGCGGACGGAGCUCUGGACUCGGACGAGGAAGAUUCGUGCAGUGAGCCAUCGAACUCCCCACACGAGCUUCACGGCAGUCAGGCUCUGCCCCCGGACCCUCCUCCAGCCCCCCUUAGGGACAGUCCACCCCUGCCUCCACAUCCUGAUGCCUCCAUGCCGGUUCCUCAGUCUGAAUCCGACGCUCACGGGAAAAGAGCAAAGACCACGGGCACACGAGGGAAAAAGAUGUCAGGGGUUAUUGAGGGCCCCCAAAAACCCAGCUCAGGGAAAAGCAGGACAGGGAGCCAAAGUGGAGCCACAAAGGGGAACGUCUCUUCUACUCGUACAUCCUCCUCCAGCACUCGCUCAGCACCAGCAAAAUCCUCACCCAACGCAGGCUCUAAGUCUACCUCUGCUGGUGAGGUCAGUGUGUACGUGGAUCUGGCUUAUAUUCCCUCCGGAGCCUCGUUUCCCACGGUCAGCGUCGACUUCUUCAGGUGCGUUCGAUCUUCUUGCUACAUCAUCAGCGGCGACAGUCCGGAGCGGGAGGAGCUGAUGAGGCAAACUCUGGAUGCUCUUCUGGACGCUAAGAUGUCCUGGUCGGACACUAUGCAGGUGACGGUGAUUCCUACUUUUGAGUCGGUGUCCAUGCAGGAGUGGUAUCAGCAGACCCUGGACAGACAGAAGGAGCUAGGCAUCACCGUCCUGGGAUCCAACAGCACUGUUGCCAUGCAAGAUGAGACCUUUCCUGCCUGCAAAAUUGAGUUCUGAGGUGGACCAGUUGACGCAGCAUGAGGGGGGAAAGGAGGGUGAACAUGAGCUGAAGGAUGCAAGUGUGUGUGUGAGAGAUAAUGAGUGAAGGAAAUAGUUAGAAACAGAGAUUAUGGGGAGAUGCAGCCACCUUCUGCACCAACAUGGCUGAGUGGAUAAUGAUAUGAGGCGCUCACUCACCCCCUACUGGUUUAUCACCUCCUUUCUGGGCUUCUUUUGCACCGAAAGGCCCUUAUUUCUCCUCUGCAAAGGAGAACACGCAUCCCUUUGGUGGAGCACUGCAUGAUUUUGUUUGACCCAUGACCCUGUGCAAAACAGGAGAGGAGAUCAUAGUGGCUGCAAGAGACGCAUGUCAGCCUGCAAACCCGUAGAAUAACAUGAAAGCUGUUGGUGUAAAUUAUUAAAAAUAGUACACAUGGGGUAAAAGGCACUUUGUGUGGGCACUGAAGCGUGUUAGUAGAGCGUGCAGUGUACCUGGGCCCAUUUUGCUGCUUUUAAUGCAACAUUUAUCCAUCAAACUGAGAGGACUUUAUGUAUCGAAUUCACUUUAUUUUCUAAAUUAUACUUAUCUGAUCAGUAUGGGAUGUUUAGUUAUUGUAACGGGAGUCCUGCAUUGUAUCUUUAAUGAAUCCACUUUACUCACAGUGUGUGUUCAGGUGUGUUGUUGUGAGCAGAAGUGAGAUGCGCCGUGCUGUGUGUCGUACCUGCUUUCGUGCCACUGUGGCUUCAACAUCUAUGCUGAGCAAACAGACUCCAGGAGAUACUUCGUCGGUCUGUCUGCUAUACUAGUGAAAGAUAAUCGCUGAAUGUGAGAUUACUGAAACCGAGCGUGCAAAGACAAAUCUGUCAGCAGGGAUUAGAGCACCAGAUUAAAUUUAAUAGCAUUACAGCAAUCGCGUUAUUAAGAACAGUCCUGCAAUUGUAAUCCAUUACAAGUGCUUAUAAUCACGCUAAUCAGGAACCAGAUUGCAAAUGCUUUUUGUACAAAUAGAUGUUCACUUGGUAUCUUACUCAAACAAACAAACAAAAAAUCAAUUACAUGUGCUUUGAUUGUGGAUAUAAUCAUACGGUGUGUUAGGGAAAGAUAUUUUGUGCAGCAUGAAGUGACGGUUUAGUCACAGCGGGUGGUGAUGGGAGAUUUGCAAGUAAAAAUAAGGUUGUAUUUGUAUGGAAAAUAGUCCAGAAUCUAAAAAUGUACUACAUUACUGCUGUAAUAAAAUGGACGAUGGGAUGCAUAACACGUUCUUGUACAGGUCCAUAUUAACCAAAUAAUUUCUGUAAUGUUAUAGGGGUUUUUUUUCAGAGCAAACUAUAUACAAUUUAAAAGUAUUUUUUUUACUACAUUAAUUGAACAGUAAGGGAAUAUUUCAAUGGAGCCGAUGCUUCGAGGAAAUUCUUCUGGAAAUAUACGGCACCUUAGAAAAACUUUAAAAUGAAUUGUACUAAAUUACUGAUAUUUAUUAGACUUUCUUGGAAAUUACAGACCUGUGAAGUUAUCCACUAUGCUUUAAAUGCAAUUUCAAGUUAGCAAACGGGAAUUUUUAAUGUAUCAGACUGCAUUUUCACCUCUCCAGAACUUCUGAUAUCCUUCCAUCCCAGACUGUUCAUGGAUUUGAAUGUCAUACGCUGAGAUGGGUAACAAUCCUGUCUGAUCAUAAACUAUGAUUUUCUCUGUGGCUGUUUUGCCUUUACUUCACACGAAUGUGCAUGUGAUAAACAAAGUUUCCUCAAUACCAAAGCAUGAAACCAUCGCAGUGACACCAAACGGUUCAUUUUUGCACCUGAAUGCUGCCUCCAAAUACAUAAAAAUGACAUUUUCAUUCAGGAUCUUUUAAAAAAAAGCUCUGAUAUUUUGUAAUGAGGAUAAAGUCACAGUUAAAAAUACUUCAGAAAAAUGCACCUUUGUUUUGCUUUGAGCAAGCAUCUUUCUUUUUUUUUUUAUCACAAAUGUUACACGUUUUAUCCAAUACUAAUUCAUUGCAUCCCUAUUAAUUCACUUCUGCCUUUUUACUGCAAAAGGGCGCCAGAGCUUGAAUGAUUUUUUUGAGGGUUUGAACUGGAGAUCUGUAAUCGUGGGCAACAACUACUUGAACCCCACAGUAGCCAAGUGAACUGUUACUAUGUGUAUGUGUCCCGCAUGUAUAAAAAAUGUACUGUAUGUUGUUUCAUUCAUGAUAUUCAUGAAGAAGGAGAGCAAAGCACGGUGGAAGAGCGGGGUGGUUGGAUGGACAUUUUAAAAAAACCUUUCACUUUGUAAUUAUCUGCAAGAAAAUAGAGUUAAAAUGUCAAAAUGUGUGAGAUGUGGGGCUGAGAGUAAUAAAGAAUGUGCAUCACCAUUCAAAA